AAGAUGACAUUUUCUCUCCACCCUUGCAAAAAAGAAGUGGCUGACUUUUGUUUGUUUUCGUACCCCCAAGCACUACAUUAUACAUUGUCAACCCCAGUGGUCGAUGAAAGAAGCAUUUCUGAGUUUCUCCAGUGGGCUAAGACAAAUCUAAGACAAGAAUUUUGGGACGGAGGGAGUAUAUUCUUUGCAGGUCUGUAAUCUGUUGCUGGUCGGUUACUUGAUGGCUAUUUCUCAAUAGGAUGAGCACAAAUAGUAUGAUACAAUAUCACAAAAGUCAGACACGGCGAUCAUUAGCUGGACCUGACACUAGUAUGAUUUAAUCCAUGGAGAAGUUAAAUGGAUAUGAUAGUGAAAAUACAUGUAUAUAAUUAUCUGCUGCCCAGCUGUGCGUAUCAAACUUGAUCUCAAUCUAAUUUUAGCAUGGAUUUAUUCAUAACUGAUUAACAAUCAGUUCAUCCAACGUGCAAGAAUCAUUCCCUGAUGGAAAGCUAUAUAUACUGAGCACAUAGUAGUAGCACACCACCCAGCAACCUUACUACCAAGAACUAAUCAUCGGUUUCUUGUUGCAUCCUGGUCCUCUUACACUGAAGAAAAAUGGUGAAUUUCUCCAAGAAACUAACGACAGACCAGGUCCCAGGAUGGGAGGAGUACUACUUCAACUACAAGCUGCUCAAGGCAAGGGUGAAGGUGUACACAGAGCAGACAAAGGAAGGCAAUCACGACCGAAGACGCGUUCUCAAAGAUUUCUCAAAGCUGCUUGACGAUGAGAUUGAGAAGAUAGUGCUGUUCAUGAUCGAACAGCAAGGGCUGAUAGCGGCGCGGCUCGAGGAGCUAGGGAAGCGAAGGGCGGUGCUUGAGGACAUCCCACUGCUCCAGGAGAUAACUGAACUGAGAGAGGACUACAGGGCAGUCGGCCAUGAUCUUGUCAGGCUUCUGAAGUUCGUCGAUCUCAACGCCAACGCGGUCCGGAAGAUCCUGAAGAAGUUCGAUGAGCGUCUCGGGUACAAGUUCACGGAUUAUUAUGUCAGGAGCAGGUCGAACCACCCCUACUCUCAGCUCCAGCAGGUUUUCAAGCAUGUGGGUAUUGGAGCUGUUGUGGGGGCAUUAUCGCGCAACCUCGGCGACCUCGAGGAGCGCGAAGGAAGUUACCUGAAUAUCUAUGACCAGAACCCACUGGCCAUUCCAAAGGAUCCCGUGAUCGACAUGAUCAAGGCGACGGCGGACAAGCUGACCAACUCGACCAACUUCCUGCGGUUCCUGGGGCAGCACGCGCUGAUCAGGCAGGGGAGCAUCCCCGACUCGCCGGAGGAGCAGCAGGUGUCGGAGGACAAGUACCACUUCAUCUCCCUGGUGCUCAACCUGGCCAACACCUUCCUCUACAUGGUGAACACGUACAUCGUCGUCCCCACGGCCGACGACUACGCCACCAGCCUCGGCGCCGCCGCCACGGUCUGCGGCGUCAUCAUCGGCUCCAUGGCCGUGGCGCAGCUCUUCUCCUCCGUCUACUUCAGCGCCUGGUCCAACCGCUCCUACUUCCGCCCGCUGCUCUUCAGCAGCGUCGUGCUCCUCCUGGGCAACGUCAUGUACGCCCUCGCCUACGACUUCGACUCCCUCGCCAUCCUCCUCGCCGGCCGCGUGCUGUGCGGGAUGGGGUCGGCGAGGGCCGUCAACCGGAGGUACAUCAGCGACUGCGUUCCGCAGAGGAUCCGGAUGCAGGCGUCCGCGGCGUUCGUCAGCGCCAGCGCCCUCGGCAUGGCCUGCGGCCCGGCGAUCGCCGGCCUGCUCCAGGUCAACUACAAGGUGUAUUCGGUCACCAUCAACCAGGACACGUUGCCUGGCUGGGUCAUGGCGUUUGGCUGGCUCGCGUACCUGGUUUGGCUGUGGAUCUCGUUCAAAGAGCCGGCUCUCGGCGACGCCGACGAUGAAGGUCACCGUCAGGGUUCCUCCGGCGGCUCCUCAAGAUUAGGAUACCGGAAGCAAGGGCUUGCGGGUGAAUACCUGCUGAAGCAGGACGCUGAGGGCGAGAGCGACCAGGAGGAGACGCCGGCUCCGGCGGCAGCGCCGUCGAUCGCCGAGGCGUACAGGCUGCUGACGCCGUCGGUGAAGGUGCAGCUGCUGAUCUACUUCAUGCUCAAGUUCUCCAUGGAGAUCCUGCUGUCGGAGUCGAGCGUGGUGACGAGCUACUACUUCGGGUGGAACACGAGCUCGGUUGCGGUGUUCCUGGCGGCGCUGGGGCUGACGGUGCUCCCCAUCAAUGCCGUAGUGGGCACCUACAUCAGCAACAUGUUCGAGGACCGGCAGAUCCUGGUGGCGUCGGAGGCGGUGCUGCUGGCGGGCGUGGCGCUGAGCUUCCACGUGCCGGGGACGGCGUACACGGCGGCGCAGUACGUGUGCUCGGCGCUGCUGACGUUCGUGGCGGCGGAGGUGCUGGAGGGGGUGAACCUGUCGCUGCUGUCGCAGGUGAUGCCGGCGCGGCUGUCCCGCGGCACGUGGAACGGCGGGCUGCUGUCGACCGAGGCCGGCACGCUGGCGCGGGUGGCCGCCGACGGGACCAUCACGCUGGCCGGGUACCUCGGGCAGGGGGCGCUGCUGAACGCCACGCUGCUGCCGUCGCUGCUCAUCUGCGCCGCGUCCAUCGCCGCCACGCUCUCCACCUACAACUCGCUCUUCUACUAGCCAGCUAGAGUGCCAGGCAGCCAGCGAGCGAGCACCUUCGUCACGGUGUGUGUUUUGUGUUUGUGUUGUUUCAUGUUUGUGACUCGCUAUGUGUACGCGUGUGAUGCUCUGAACGUCCGAUGGCUCGGGGCACACGGGAACCGACGGUGCGUCAGGUUGGGGGCAUUUCGCGACGAUUUCGAGGUCGCCCCCCCCCC